AUGACUGUGGACCAACUUGUUUCCAUCACCGAAGACUCGGGCGUCCGCCACCGAACCGUCACUAUACAUGCCAACAAUGCUGAUGCAAACCCAGGCAAUGUCGACGUCCCAGUGCCAGCAUACCGCAUUGUGGAGGUCGAGAAGAAAGAACCACAUCCAACCUCCCUCUUCUCUCUGGCUCUUACAGGGAUAAAUAUCAUCAGCAUCUCCGCAUACCUAGGUGUACUCUUCCUCAACAUAAUGCAGACAUGGUGGGAAGGUCAAGGGUUUCCCAAGGUUCCUUACCUCUUCGCCCUUGGGCAGUUCUAUGACAGCGUGUCAACAAUUCUGGACGGAUCCUGGCGGAUCGUGGUCGGCCUGGCGCGAGAUUCCAAACCACGACCGACUCUUCGCAUUCUUGGUCCUAACGUUCCAGGGAUCGAUGUCUUUGUCGUUUGCUGCGGUGAACCAGACGAUGUCGUCUUAGAUACCGUCAAAGCUGUCUGCAAACUCGACUGGCCCGAGGACAAAUUCAGAGUUGUGGUCGCCGAUGAUGGGAACAUGGAAAGCCUUCGCCUCCAAGUCGAGAAACUACAGGAUAUACAUCCUAACCUCUACUACUACGCUCGCAAGAAACCUAAGGAUAACCACGGAAACAAAGCUGGCAAUCUCAACCAGACCAUACGCGAGUUUGUCGUCGACCUUCCCGGCGGGCAGAAUGAGUUCCUGGCUGUAUUCGAUGCCGACAUGAUGCCGGAGCCUCAAUUCUUGCGAGCCCUUGUCCCACACGCCCUUCGAGAUGUAAAGAUCGGAAUGGUCACUGCCGCUCAACACCACUAUAACAUCCCGAAUGAUGACCCGUUGUAUCAAUCCAACAUGACUGGCACUGCUGCCGAUGAUGGCCUUCGAGACUCGGUUAACGUCGCCUGGUGCCCAGGUAGUGGAUUUGUCAUGCGCAAGAUCGCUUGGACUGAAAUUGGUGGCUUCCCAGAGUUCUCCAUCACAGAAGAUCUCAUCACGAGCUGGUUUCUUCACGGGAAAGGCUGGAAGAUUAUCUUGAUCCAUGAGGUAUUGCAGUGGGGAUUACAGCCAGAUUGUAUCCUGACCCAUCUGAAGCAGCGCCGACGCUGGUGGACUGGGCAUAUUCGUGAUGCUCUCAGUAUGAACUUCACCUUGUCUGAUUCCCGCCUUAAGGAAGCGUCACGGCUUCAACGCCUUGCAAUGCUCCACCAUAGCUGUCGGCCUUAUUUGAUGACGCUGCCCAAGCUUGCUAACUCUGUCAUCGCCUUUUUCUGCCUUUAUCGUCGCGGGUCUGUCAUUGCCACACCAUCUCAGAAUACUCUGUAUUGGACUGUGAUGCUCCUCGGCAUCGUUCGCAUGUUGGGACUCCUUGCAGAUAUCGAGUCUCUCUUUGGCAAGUACUACCUAAACGUCCGUCGCCGUACUGCAACUGGAGUCUGGAUGGGCCACCACUUCUCUCGCGAUGUUCUCCAGAGCUUGCUUCCAAAGAGCCUAGGUGGCCUUCGGUUGAGGUUUAAGGUGAGCGGUGUCGGUGGUGCCUCGGUCAAAGAGCGAGAUCCUAUCAACCGUCCACCUCUUCUUCAGAGACUUUGGACCCUACAUCGCCGUGAAGGUAUUUUGUGGCAUCUUGUCCUCUUCUUUGUCAUGUCUAGCGUGGUCCUCUUUAGGGUCCUGGCUGAGAUCAACGCAUCGACUGUUGACGGCGACUUCAUCGCUGAUAAAGUCUUUUGGCUUCGUUUCAUCGCUUCAGUCGGCUUCCCGGGGCUUUCUCUCGUUGAGACUAUACCUCUGUACCUCACACCUAUCAUUUAUGCCAUCGGCCCACCGACUAUGCCUGAGCGUCGUGACAGCAUGGUGUAUGACAACAAAAUCGGCCUGUGGAAGCCAAUGCAAAAGUACACGGGCAUCAAAUGGACUGCUGCUAGUUAG